GGCACAACACCUGACUCUAAUUAAAACCCUCCUGACGCAGGUGUGAUUCUCCGCCACGCCAGAGGCCUCUCGCUGUUCUCUUUUACAUGGCGCCACGAUAAAGAAUUAAAUCGACCAGGUGGUAGCUUAUUUUUAUCAAACGGUACUCGUUAAAAUGAAGGUACCGGAGGAGGAAUCCAUGAGUGACAUUUUGAAGCGGCUGACGGGCGAGUCCGCGCUCCCUGUCUACUGCAACAUCGAGAAGUUCAAACGAGGACGGGACAAUUUAUACUUCGUGGCCGAGGACUUCAGCCAAACUGUGAAAAAACGAGAGUUGGUCAACGCCAAGGAACGAAUGAGAAUCAGGAACUUGAAUACCAUGUUCUCUCGCUUGAAAAGGAUGGUGCCACUGAUGCGACCAGACCGAAAGCCCAGCAAAGUGGACACACUCAAAGCUGCCACAGAAUACAUUCGACUGCUGCUUGCAGUUUUGCAGGAAACUGAAAGUGAUGAUGGCAGUGGGACUGAUUUCUUAAAGAAUGCAAUCGCCUACAGUCAGACUGAAGGCCUUGGUAGUGACUUUUGGCGAGUGGAUGAUUUGCUGAGCAUGUCAGAGGAACAAAUUGAUGAUGGAUUCAUUUUACCCCCUGAACCGGUGACAGACGAUGGAGAGAUGACUAGACUGAUGUUGCAGCACUGUGUGAUGCCAACAUACCAGUUCAUCAUCCAAGUAGCUCCUGAUCAGCCUGCGAUGUCUCAACCUUGCUAAGCAGUGUUUACAGCAGCUGAUGUGGCCUGAUAUUGGACACCUGCCAGGGUCCUGUUGCUUUGAAGAAAAGGAUUGUUUUGAAGAAAGCAGACUUUCAUUUGUGGUGUUUUAACCUUUUGGGGGUUUUUUUGUUGUUGAAGUAAAUGUUUUGAUUCUCAUUUUACAGAUUGUAUCCUUGGCAGCCUUAAAAUGUAAAAGGAAUUUUGUUUUUGUAAUUUCACUUAUGAAAUUGUUUUCUGUGUAGGCCUAUUAGAAGCCUGUUAUAUACAACACUUGUUGUAAGAGUCAUGUAAAUGUUAAACUCGUGUUAGUGUUCAAGAAGGUUUUCUUUGGGGGGAAAGACUUGUGCUGAUUAACAGAAUGAAUUUGUCACACUGCU